UGACACUUUCUGUUGACCAUCUACGACUCGAGGAGGUAUUUGAGGAGGUACUAUCUACCUCGAGGAGGUAUUUGCCUGUCUCUGUUCAGGCAUGACGGGUCAGGAGAGGAGUGAGGAGAAGAGUGAAUGUGUGUCCCUGUCUCCGAUGAGGGAGGCUGUGCCUGCCCCACCUGAAUGUGAGAGGGUGUGUGUGUGUGGGACGGGGGACCUGGGGCGCUCUCUGGGCCUGCGUCUGCUGCAGGCGGGGUACGGGGUGGUGUUCGGCAGCCGACGGCCCCACAGCAGCAGCAGCCUCAUACCCCACGGAGCACAGGUCCUGGGCCACGCUGCAGCUGCUCAGUCAGCCCAUCUGAUCUUCAUUGCAGUCCAGAGAGAACACUACGACUUCCUGGUACCACUGGCCAAUCAGCUAAAGGGAAAGGUGUUGGUGGACCUCAGUAACAACCUGAGGAAGAAUCAGUACCCAGAGGCCAAUGCAGAAUACCUGCAAAGCCUGGUCCCUGGAGCUGAGGUGGUUAAAGGCUUCAACACCCUGUCUGCCUGGAGUCUGCAGAAUGGACCUUCAGAUGCCAACAGACAGGUGUAUAUCUGCGGGGAAAGUGUGGAGGCCAAGCAGGCGGUGAUGGCGGUAGCCACCAAGCUGGGUUUCAGUGCCCUGGACCGGGGCUUUCUCUCAGUGGCCCGGGAGCUGGAGGACUUCCCCCUGCAGCUGUUCCCCCAGUGGAGGCUCCCCCUGUACAUCGCCACUGGCCUCAGUGCUGCCUUCUUCUUCUACCUGCUGAUCAGAGACAUCAUCUAUGCAUACGUCACCCAGGGCAAAGACAUCUCCUUCAGAAUCAUAGUCUCACUGGCUAACAAGGUGUGUCCCAUCGUGUCUCUGAUCAUGCUGUCUCUCUGUUACCUGCCUGGUGUCCUGGCUUCCUUCCUGCAGCUCUACAGAGGCACCAAGUACAGGCGCUUCCCUGAUUGGCUGGACCGCUGGAUGCUGUGCAGGAAACAGCUGGGUCUUCUGGCACUGGGGUUCGCCUUUCUGCAUGUGCUCUAUACACUUAUCAUACCCAUACGGUACUAUGGGAGGUUCAAGGCCACUGAACACACUGUCUCUGUGAUCAGAGAGAACAGGACCACUGAGUUUGAUACAACUACGGCCUGGCGUGGCGACUCCUACUUGUCCCUGGGAAUUCUGGGAUUUAGCCUGUACGUCCUAUUGGGAAUCACAUCUCUUCCCUCCGUCAGUAACGUUCUCAGCUGGAGGGAGUUCAGCUUCAUACAGUCCAAGCUGGGUCACCUGACUCUGCUGUUAUGUACGGCUCACACCUACCUGUAUGGCUGGAACAAGUUUCUGAGUUCCUCCACCUACAAGUGGUACACCCCACUGGGCUACAUGCUGUGUCUGGUGCUUCCCUCUGUGGUGCUGCUGCUCAAGCUACUGCUCAUCACCCCCUGUGUGGACCGAACCAUCACCCGCAUACGCCAGGGAUGGGAGAGGAGGGCAGAUCAGAGGAACCCUAAAAACAGCCAACCACUGAUACCUUAGACACACACACACACAGACACACACAAAAUAACACCCUCAGUGUGAUGACAGCUUUGUCUUCAAGGCAUGAACUCUUGUUUCUUUGCUAUUAUACCCUCAAAGGUUGGCUAACAUUCAAUCAUCGUUUGCAAUGUUUCUGGGAUUUAAAAAAAACAGCAAUAACAUUUAAUUGAUAUGCAGUCAUAUUUAUUUUUGUAUUACACUGUAAACAUUGUUGCAUUUUAAUGCAUAUAUUUUCAACCAUACGUAAACCAGACACUAGCUUUCACUGGUGAAAGCUCUCUCUCUCUCGCUCUCUCGCUCUCUGUGUAUAUCCUCUCUCUUCUUUGACUGAUUGUACAGUUAUCCCCAGAUGAAACACAGGUUUCAGAGAUGUAUAAAAGUGUUUCAAUUUAUAUUUUGUGUCUGUCUGAUACAUCUCCAGUUGCAGGUCAGACACAUAAAACCACAUUUAUCAGUGUGAUCCUCUCUGGGGCUGAGUGUUUUUAUUUCCUCCAGAAAACAGACUCUCUGAAACACAGCAACAGGCUUCCCUUUCAUCACUAGAUAGACAAAUUGGCCCACAUGUCUUCUGUUAUAGGGAGCACUUCCUUUGUGGUGAAUAUAACUGGCUGUUUGUGUAGAUGCCAAAGAUCUACAUACAUAGAUGAAGAGGCAAAGCACAAAGACACACUCCCAUAAACAGCUUGAACCAACACUAAAAACACAGGAACAAUGUGAAAACAAUGUUGAUUCAACCAGUGUGUGCCCAGUGAGAUCUUUUACAUGAUCUUAGACAUGAUUGAAGUGACAAGGUUAAUUAUUUGUAUUGCAUCAAUAAAAUAAAUGGGUAUAUAUUUUUCC